UAGCUUGCUACUGCGACAUCUUCACAUCCGAUCAGAAUGCCGCCCUUCAAAGAUGAGCAUGUUCUCAUAAUUGCGCUAGGCUCGCAAGUGACCCUGGCGCAACUGGGUCUCCCAGAGUCAUUCACGCCCGCCCGCUUUCGCUUCCCCACGCGUAUGUUCCCCGCCGAGAAGAAGGGCGAAUUUGAACCGUACAAGAUCCGCGAGCGCCGACAGGAAGUCAAGGGCAGCAAUGGCACCACCGCGCCUGAUGUGGAGAUGAAGGAUGCUGAGUCGACACAAGACGGGACUGAGCAACCCGGAGACGCGCCAAAGAGCGAGGGCCAGGAUACCAACGGGGCAGUCAAGCAGGGAACGACAACCGAGAUCUUUUAUGACGAGGACGUGACAACCGAUGAGGGAGCUGUCUAUCCGCUCCAGAACGGUCAUAUAGUCGACUGGCCGUGCUUCUUUGCUCUCCUUACGCACGUUUACAACCACUUGAGUCCGCCUUUCCAUACCCCGAUCAUGCUCAUCUCCGAACCGGCAUGGUCCGCUCGCGAUCGGGAGACCAUCACACAGUUUGUCUUUGAGAAGUUCAAGACGCCCGCCUUUUGCAUGAUGGAUUCCGCCCUUGCCGUGUGCUAUGGAUAUGGUACCUCGACGGCUACGGUGGUUGAUGUUGGCAAGGGGAAGGUCAACGUCACGGCUGUUACUGACUUUCUUGUGAACGAACACGGACGGGGCAUCGCGCUGGAAGGCUGUGGUGGAGACUACAUGACGGAUAGAUUGGUGGAGCUUCUGGGCUCGAAGGGAUUCUCGAGGGAGAUGUGCGAGCAGUUGAAACGGAGCAAUAUUACUGAGCUGUUGCCUCCUGGGACUCCUCUUCCCGGUGCCGCUGCAACCGCACGGCAGGGUGCUAACCCGGCAUCUACCUCGAAGGAUGCGUCGAAUGAAGGGUCAGGAGCUACUCAGGGUGAAGGCAAUGGCGACGGAGACGAAGAUGAGGGUGUUCUAGAUGUCGCAGCCAUUGUCAGUGGUAACACGAGUGAGUUCCUUGCCAAUCGGGAGAAGGAAAAGGCCGAAAAGGCGUCGGCCAAGAAGGGCGGGACGGACCAGUCCGGCAAGCCCCUUCGUCUUCCCAACUCCAAGAAAGAAAAGGCUUCAUUCCAAUUCGAGGAGUAUGUGAGGAUAGCACCAGAGACGGAUACACCGAACGGGCCUGGGCGGUAUAUGCGUCAGUCCCGCGAGAUCGAGGUCGGUGUCGAACGCUUCCUCGCUGCCACCCCAAAGCAGUACUUGGCGGACCGUCUGACCGGCGGCCUGCUGGAGGAUAUCGCGACUCAGAUCCACCACACAAUUCUUGCAGUGCCCGACGCGACGAAGCGAAGUGAACUCUGGGAUUCGCUCGUCAUUGUCGGCAAUGGCAGCAAAAUCAAGGGAUUUACGCAAUCUCUGCUCGGCACCAUUUCCCAAAAAUACAUCCUCUCCCCAUCCGCUACUAUGUUCACCUCGGAGAUCCCGUCCAAUUUCUCUACUCCUCUUCCCACCGGAGGAACCAACACCCCAGCACCCUCCGGCCAGCCUGGUCCGAUGAAUCACCCUGCGGCCCACGGUGUGAACCCACUGCUGGUGGCAGCCACACAUGCCAACAACCCCAUGCCAGGCACACCGUCGAUGGACCCCGCGAUGUCGCAUCACCGGUCGACCGGGCAUUCGCAAACUCCCACAUCGGUCAAGACUCUGCGACCUCCAGAAUACUUUCCGGAGUGGAAGGAACAGAGCAACACCAACGCCCCUGGCGCAGCUACCACUGGUGGGCCCGGUGCCCCGAGCAGUGGCCACGGCAUGGAGGAGGCGGUGUUCUUGGGAGCACAGGUUGCGUCGAAGGUUGUUUUUGUGCUGGACCAGGGACUUUCCAAGGGGUUCAUGAGCCGGGUGGAAUAUAAUGAGAACGGACCAUCGGCGAUCCAUGAAUACACCAUGUGAUUAUGAUUGGAAUCAUUUUGAACUGAUGCGUGUUUAUUUAUCAACUGAAAGCGGAUUUUGACGGCCUGGUUAUCUACUUAAAAUGGUUAAUUUUGUUCUCGGAUAAUGUACUUUACGUUGUCUAAGCAGUCUUCCUGCGACCACAGUUGGAUGUUGGUCAGUCUGACUCGAUGCUAGGAUAGUGGAUUUAGUGGGAUGCUACCACAUACUAAGUACUAGGUAUAUCCAGUAAUCGCCCAACUGCUCAC